CUCGAGCCGGACUUGCAGGCCGUUCCUACUCAUGGAUCCAGAAACAUCAAAAGAUGGCUCCUCUCCGUUCUCGCGCGUUACUUUCAACGACCAUUCAGGGCAGCUAUGGAUCUUAACGAUCUUGUCGUUGUUAUAUAGUUUUCUUGGUGCCCUGACAAGAGCGUACAUUAAGUACCGGAUGUUCGGUUUUGAUGAUCUCUUGUUUGCUUCGGCAACGGUUUUACAUUUAGCUCAAUCCAUCGCCGUGUUUGUUGGCUUAAACAAUGGCCUCGGCAAAUUCAACUCUAUCACGCCAGCAGAAAAAUGGGCGACAUCUUCGAAAUCCACUCUCGCGGCCGUUAUUCUCUGCCUUUUAUCCCUGAGCUUCGCCAAAUGCUCUGUCCUUGCUCUCAUCCAUCGAAUUAUUGACUCCAAGACUGGGAUGAGUAAACCGUUCUGUAUCGGGCUUAUGAUUCUCAGUUCGGUAUGGGGAGUAGGCUCCUGUUUGGCAUUCAUAGUCAACUGCCGCGGCGGUACAUUGUUGACUCUGGAUAAUGUCAAACAAUGUCCAAACCAGAAUGUACGAUGGGCUGUGAUCACUGCGAUUGACAUACUUACCGAGAUUCUUACCUGGCUCUUCAUCGUAUGGGUAUCAUGGACCGUUAAUAUGUCAUUCUCCCGCAAGUUUCAGGUUGCCUUGGCUUUCUCAUUCCGUCUACCGCUCAUCGCCUUCUCAGCUCUGCAUCUGGCGUACUUCAGCAAAUAUCCGACCUCCCCUGAGCCUCAAUUUGCCGUCACGAACAGUCUUCUCUUUCAACAGACCAUGAUUGUUUGGUCUCUCAUUUCCGCCACCGUCCCGAACAUGAAGAAUUUUCUAAAAUCUUUCUCCAUAGGCUUAGGUUUUCCGCUCGCUUUCGAUUCUAGCGUGUACGCGUCAAGCAAUGCGUAUCCACUUCGCUCGCUUGAGAAUAGUCGAUCCAAGGCCACCUCAGCUGCAGGAGCAUCGACGUCUGUUUGGGUCCAUGAUCACUCUGACGGUGAAGCCCGUGGUCGACCGCACAGCUGGAGACCGGAUCACAUUCCGGACCAAACCACCGCCAAGGCAUAUCACUUCGGCAGGGAUAGCCGGGAGAACUUGUCAGAAGAGGAAAGGUCCAGAACUGGUAGUCGAGAUAUGAUCAUCACCAAGGAGGUGGCGUGGAAGGUCACGCAUGAGGAUCGCCAAGCGGUGAAUGCUAGCUCUUUGUAAUUAUUCGUCCAUAGCCAGAGUAGGAGAUGGGAUUUUCCAAGCGGGGUUACUGGCCUCCUCACUCUAAUUAAUCCUCAGGAAAGAGGGAGAUGCUCCUUAUAUAUACAUAGUACGCCUCGG